CUAACAGGCCCAUCAGCCAGGCUAGCAGGCUGGGCAGUGUUUCUCCAGUUUCUCACAUCUUUCCCUGUGUUGCCUCAGGCUCCAGCAUCUCACCACGACAGAGAAUGACAGAGCAUGAGGACUUCACGAGCUUGACUGGGUCCUGGAACUCCUCGGACACUUACCAGUUCAGCCCUGCCAGCGUCAUUGUCCCUGUGGUCUUCUCCAUCAUCUUCCUCCUGGGCACAGUGGGCAAUAGCCUGGUGCUGGCAGUGCUACUGCGCAACGGGCAAAUAAGCCACAACACUACCAACCUCUUCAUUCUCAACCUGAGCCUGGCUGAUUUCUUCUUCAUUGUCUUCUGCGUGCCUUUCCAGGCUACUAUCUACUCCCUUGAGGGCUGGGUCUUUGGCUCCUUCAUCUGCAAGGCUGACCACUUCUUCAUCUACCUCGCCAUGUACGCUAGCAGUUUUACUCUGGCUGCUGUCUCUGUGGACAG